CCUUAACUUAUUGAAAAAAAAAAAAGAAGAGGGAAUCUAUAAUAUUUUGGGUCAAUGAGCAAAGCCACCACUCGUACUAUCAUGAGUCACCGUAUCCUGUCACCAAAUCACGACUACGAUGCCGUAGAUCAUCCACAUGAUCAACCGAUGUUACAACUAUCCGGUUCCAUAUUCGGGUUCCUCGAAGAAGAAGUAAACAUAUUAUCAUCUCCCGAAAACGAUAUAUAUGACAGUCAACAUAAUAUAGAAGAAGAUGGAGAUGAGACCGAAAACCCGGAAGAUAUUGAACAUAAGAUCAAAUUUUGGGAGACACAAUGCCAAAAUUUACAUACAACGUUGUUUAGGACAACAAGUUUAGAAUCCAAAAUCCGAAGUAUAACAAAAGAAAUACUAAAGGAAGUUGCGAAUGUUUGUUUGUGCUCUAUACCGGUUGUUGGUGGUUGCCAGAGUUGCAAGAUGAGAGAAAUUUGUAGCAGGCUACAAAAUUCUGGUUAUAAUUCAGCUAUUUGCAAGUCCAAAUGGAAGAGCUCUUUAGAUAUUCCUUCAGGAGAACACACGUUUGUGGACGUGAUCGACAACACUAAUCCAAAGAAAGGAGAGGUGAGAGUGAUAAUCGAGUUGGAAUUACGCGGCCAAUUUGAGAUGAAGAAAGGAAGUCAGGAAUACAACAAUCUUGUAUCUAAAAUUCCCGAAGUAUUCGUGGGAAAAUUUGAUAGAUUACAAAGUGUAGUCAAAAUAGUUACCAACGCGGCCAAGAAAUGCAUGAAGGAAAAGAAAAUGCAUUUGGGGCCGUGGAGAAAACAAGAGUAUAUGCAAGCCAAGUGGCUUAGAGUAACCGAACGGACUACUACCACGAAGACCUUAAUCAUCAAACCAUUAAUGGCAGUCGAUGGUUAUUUGACACGACCGGCGAAGGUUAAAGCGUCAAUGCUAACGAUGGAUCUUCUAGACAACAACAUGUCGAAUAUGUCGUACUUGUAUGCACAUACCGUUCAAGUUUUGUAGAAAAUCAUAUCGUAUAAUUAAUUAAUAAGAUAUAUGUGCGUACCCAAAUUAUGCACAUACUUGUAUGA